AUGGCCAUACUGGCCAACGUCAUUGCCCCCUAUCACCCCAAGGAGAGCCUGGGCCGGGAGAAUGUCCACCUGACACCGCAGCAAGGCCACAUAAUGGGUACCGACCACGCCGGCCGGGACGUGCUGAGCCGGGUAAUCCACGGGGCGCGCAUUUCAUUGUACGUAGGCUUCGGCAGCGUGGCGGUGGGGAUUACCCUGGGGUUCAUCCUAGCGGUGGUCACCACCUACGCGGGCGGCUUCAUAGACCUCUGCUUUCCAGAGGUGCUGACCACCAAGGAGUUGGACUACAUACUGGCGGCCCGGGCCAUCGGGGCUUCCCCCUUGCGCCUGGUAUUCCGGCACAUCACCCCACAAUUGCAUGGCGAUAGCCCUGGUGGUAUCCACCUACUACCUGGGGCUGGCGAUAACCAUCGAGGCUUCCCUCAGCUUCUUGGGGCCCCCUGGGUCGCCAUGUUCCCGGGACUCGCCAUCUUCGUCGUGGUGUUCGGGUUCAACCUCUUGGGCGAUUCCCUGCGGGAUGCGUGGGACCCGAAGUUAAGGGGGAGAUAA